CUUUAAAUUUGUUUUUGGGCAGUAUUGAAUGGAAAAAGAAGCUUCCUCGGGAUGAGGAUAAAGGGGCUUGCCGGAAAAUAUAAAAAAGAAAGAAAGAGGUGGUAACACGAAAGGCGCGUGGCAGCCGCUGGUUUAACCGAAAAGAAAGCAACUUUGUCCUACAUCAGAGGCAACGGAAAAGAGGAUCCUUUCUGCUUCUUCUCUUCUCUUCCACACAAAGACAUCGUUUCAUUGCUCUCUCUCUUGUGCGGACACAAUUUUUGAUGGGGAUAUACCUCAGCACUCCCAAAACAGAGAAGGCCUCUGAAGAUGGUGAGAACGACAAGCUUCGCUUCGGUUUGUCUUCCAUGCAGGGCUGGCGUGCUACCAUGGAAGAUGCUCAUGCAGCUCAUCCAUGUUUGGACGAGUCCACGUCAUACUUUGGUGUUUAUGAUGGCCAUGGAGGCAAAGCAGUUUCAAAAUUCUGUGCCAAGUAUCUACACCUGCAGGUGCUUAAGAGUGAAGCUUACUUAGCUGGAGAUUUAGGCACAUCUUUACAGAAAUCUUUUCUCAGAAUGGAUGAGAUGAUGCGUGGACAAAGAGGGUGGAGAGAAUUAGCAAUCUUGGGGGAUAAAAUAGAAAAGUUGUCUGGUAUGCUAGAGGGCUUUAUAUGGUCUCCCAGGAGUAGUGAAGCCAAUGACCGUGUUGAUGAUUGGGCUUUUGAGGAGGGGCCCCAUUCUGAUUUUACUGGACCAAACUCUGGAAGCACAGCUUGUGUGGCUGUCGUCCGAGGAAACAAACUUGUUGUUGCUAAUGCUGGAGAUUCUAGAUGUGUCUUAUCAAGGAAAGGCCAGGCACACAAUUUGUCCAAGGACCACAAACCUGAACUUGAGGCUGAGAAAGACAGGAUUCUAAAAGCUGGUGGUUUCAUCCAAGUUGGACGGGUCAAUGGAAGUUUAAACUUGGCUAGAGCAAUUGGAGAUAUGGAAUUCAAGCAGAAUAAGUAUUUGCCUGCCGAAAAGCAGAUUGUAACUGCUGAUCCGGACAUAACUUCAGUUGAGCUUUGUGAUGAUGACGAGUUUCUUGUAAUAGCUUGUGAUGGAAUAUGGGAUUGUAUGUCUAGCCAACAGCUUGUAGACUUCAUACAUCAACAGUUAAAAACAGAGAAUAAACUUUCUGCGGUUUGUGAGAGAGUAUUUGAUAGGUGCUUGGCACCAACAGCUGGUGGUGAGGGAUGUGAUAACAUGACCAUGAUUUUGAUUCAGUUCAAAAAACCUUCCAGCAGCCCAGAUGCAUCAUCUGUCAUGAACCAGCCUCAAUCGUCUGCUCUAUCAUCUGAAGCUGAUAGAAGUUCGGAGACAGUAGAAUCGAAGUGAGAGAAUUUCGAACCUGACUUGAUGACUAAUAGUCAUCAAUUUCUUAGUGCAUGUUGAAGCAUUGGUGAGCUGAGGUUCUUGCCUUCUUGGGUACUAUUUUAUAUCCAAAUUUCAGGAUGUUAAUUCUCAAUAGGGGGAUUGUAAAUUGGUGACAAACUAAUUCAUGGGGCUAGUAUUGGCUUUUGUACAUAAGUGUGGGUGUUCAGAAUAUGAAGGAAAAAAAAAGGUUCAACAAGCAUACUGAUGUACACUGAAUGACUAAAAUCACCUUUGUGAAACUUACCCAAUGCCAAUGAGUGCCGACCGGAAGAAUGUGUAGAAAGAACAUGUCUGGAUACUGGAGUUAUAUCCAUGAUCCAUCAGUAGCAGUUCCUUAAGGAUUUAGUGCGAUGCACGGAUUUGCAGAGGCAUUUUUUGUUUCUGCACCCCCUUUAUCCUUUAUGGGUUGAUGCAUCCGUGAUGCUCUAUUGUUAUUUUUCUCGUUUUGGAAAUUACAAAUCCUCGUUUACUUA